AUAGAUCUUUGAUGGCAACUGGCAAGUGGAACAAGCUCUACAUACUAUUAUGAUAAUAAUUCACUGAGCUCCUUUUCCAUUCUAUUUUGUUAUUGGCAAAAUAUCUUGAACCCACAUCGUGCCGGAGAAAGCACAGACUCUCAUCCAAAGAACAUUUUUGACAAAGUUAUUAGGUAGCGUCAAUGAGAUUCAUUCAUUUCAUAUUCAUGUAUAGCCCAAAUUAAUUAAUAAUUUAUCAUAUAGUAAAGAUAUACAUAUAUAUAAACUCAUGUUCUACACAGUAAAUUCUUGCAAGCAAUGAACGUUUACUUGCUUAGACUCACGUUUAUAGAUAGGGAAUGAGUGACAUAUAGAAAACCAAAGUUGACGAUGGCAGGCAAAGCUUCUAAAACCAUUCUCUUUUUCUCAUUCUUUCUACUUGUACUAUCUCUUUCUUAUUCUUUACCUUUGUCAAUAAACAAGAGAUGGAUAAUCGACGCAAAAUCAGGAGAACGUGUGAAGCUAGCUUGUGUCAAUUGGGCUUCUCACUUGCAACCCAUGUUAGCAGAAGGUCUUGACAAGAAGCCCUUGAGCUAUUUAGCAUCUAAAUUGGCCAGGUACCACUUCAAUUGUGUUCGUUUCACAUGCGCAACGCAUAUGUUCACUCGCUAUGGCAAACUGACUGUAGCCCAGUCUUUUGAUUCUUUAAAUCUAACAAAGGCUAAGGCAGGUAUUGCAAGGCACAAUUCUUUUCUAUUGAAUUUGACUGUUGUUCAAGCUUAUGAAGCUGUUGUUAAUGAGCUUGGAGCUCAUGGCCUAAUGGUGUUACUAGAUAACCAUGUCAGUCAACCCAAAUGGUGUUGUCCUCAAGAUGAUGAAAACGGAUUCUUUGGCGAUAUCCAUUUUCAUCCUAAGGAAUGGCUAAGAGGCUUAGCCAUUGUAGCUAAGAUCUUCCAAGGUAAAUCUCAGGUAGUUGCAAUGAGCAUGAGAAACGAAUUACGUGGUCCAUAUCAAAACGAGCAUGAUUGGUAUAAAUACAUCCAAGAAGGAGCAAGAAUGGUCCACAAGCUAAAUCCUGAAGUGCUAGUGCUUGUUUCAGGGCUAGUUUGGGGCACAGAUCUCAGCUUUUUGAAGAAAAAGCCCUUGCAUUUGGGAUUAAACUUGGAUAACAAGUUGGUGUAUGAGGCGCAUUGGUACUCAUUUAGUGGAGACCCAAAAGUUUGGGAAGUGCAACCAUUGAAUAGGAUUUGCGACCUUAAAACUCAAAUCCAAGUUGAUUUGUCUGGAUUUGUUAUUACUGGUGAGAACCCAGUUCCUCUUUUCCUGGGUGAAGUUGGCAUUGAUCAAAGAGGGGUGAACCGGGCAGAUAACAGGUUCUUCACCUGUUUCCUGGCCUAUGUUGCUGAGAAUGAUUUGGAUUGGGGCUUAUGGGCUUUUCAAGGAAGCUAUUAUUUUAAGGAAGGUAUAGCAGGACCAGACGAGAAUUAUGGUCUUAUGAAUUUUGACUGGAACUAUCUCAGAAGUCCAGAAUUUGAUGACAGGAUAUGGCUCAUAAAGAGGAUGAUUCAAGAUCCAGAUUCAAUACUUUCGACCUCUUAUUUAAUGUAUCAUCCACUAAGUGGCAACUGUGUCCAUGCUAGUGAAAAGAAUGAAAUCUAUGCAAGUAGAUUCCAACAACAUAGCAGAUGGAGUCAUGAUGGAGAUGGAGCUCCAAUAAGGUUGAUGGGUUCUGCACUAUGCUUAAAAGCUAUCGGUGAUGGACUGGAACCUGUCCUGUCAAAUGACUGCUUUAGCCAGCAGAGUUCUUGGAAAUUGCUUUCAAGUUCCAAGCUUCACUUAGGCGUCAAAGACGAACAUGGAGAGUACUUAUGCUUAGAGAAGGAAUCUUUUAACUCUUCCAAGGUCUUCACUCGAAAGUGUAUUUGUAUUGAAGAUGAUUCUGAUUGCCAGGAAAAUCCACAAAGCCAAUGGUUCAAGCUUAUUAAAACUAAUAUAAAAGUUAAUACUAGUAUUCCAUGAAAUAUGAUGAAGGAAAAUAAUAUUAGGCCUUGAUGUAUACUGGCACUUGUACCCUGUGGAUUAAUUGAAUCAAAACCUUCAAAUGAUAUUCAGUGUGAGAAUAUCUUGGCCUAGCCCAAUUAUUUACA